CAACUGCCGGUUCUCGGCAGUACUUUCCUCACGAUCUGACAGCAUGAGGAAAGUGCAGCCGAGAACCGGCACUUGCAUUUCCCUCUGAUCAGCGUGUCAUUGGACACCGCUGAUCACGUGAGUGAGGAAAGUACUGCCGAUAACUGGCAAAUGUCACAGAGCAGAUCUGCACUGAUGAUCAGGGCACUGAUGAUCAGUGCCCUGAUCAGUAGUGCCCAGCAGUGCCACCCAGUGCCCACUAGUGCCACCCAGCAGUUGCGCCCAGCAGUGCUGCCCAUCAGUGUUCAUCAUUGCAGCAUCAUCAGUGCCUCCUCAUCAAUGCCCACCAGUGCCACCUCAUCAGUGCCCAUCGGUCCUGCCUAUCAGUGCAGCCUCAUCAGCUCACAUCAGUGAAGG